AUGGACCGCUCGCUCUCUUCGCUGCGCCAGUUCCGACAGGCCUGCCCCUACCUCGGCCGCAUCUCGAUGCCUCAGCUGCGUCAGAUGUCGACCACCCUGGUCCACCCGGGCGGACCCACCAGCCUCGUCAACCGCGCCCUCGACUGCCCCGUCAUGAGCCAGAGCCUCGCCGUCAAGACCGAGCAGCUCGGCGCCGGCACCUCCAACACCUCGAUGCCCACCUUUGGCGCUUCCGGCAGCACCUUUGCCCGUCCCUCGGCCGGCGGCGUCGGCGGCGGCUGCCCCUUUAAGCACGACAUGCUCGCCCCCGGCUCGGCCGGUCAGAGGCGCGGCUACGUCGCCCGCCCCAACGCGCCCAAGUACGCCUCGUUUGCGCGCCCCGACGAGAUCGAGCGCCUGCACGCCAAGGAGGGCGUCCGCAUCCAGGGCGAGAGCGACGUCGAAAAGUGCCCGCACGCCCGCAAGCUCGCCGCCGUCGCCGCCUCGGACGCCGCCGCCAUACCCAACCACCGCAGGCAGAGCAUCAAGAAGCAGGCCCGCACCCCCGGCUCGGGCCUCGGCAUGCACCCGGAGCCGCAGCCCAAGCAGACUCCCGGCUUCGACUACGAGGCCUUCUACCACAACGAGCUGACGGCCAAGCACAAGGACAAGUCGUACCGCUACUUUAACAACAUCAACCGCCUCGCCGGCAAGGCCUCGCGCGGCCACCUCUCCGACGAGGGCGACGAGAUCACCGUCUGGUGCGCCAACGACUACCAGAACAUGAGCCGCCACCCGACGGUGCUGAGCGCCAUGAAGGAGACGCUGGACAAGUACGGCGCCGGCGCCGGCGGCACGCGCAACAUUGCCGGCCACAACCAGCACGUCGAGCGCAUCGAGAGCACGCUAGCUCACCUGCACCGCAAGGAGGGCGCGCUCGUGUUUGGCUCGUGCUACGCCGCCAACGACGCCACCCUUACCAUCCUCGGCUCCAAGCUGCCCGACUGCGUCAUCCUCAGCGACGCCAGCAACCACGCCUCGAUGAUCCAGGGCAUCAAGCACAGCGGCGCCCGCAAGAUGAUCUACCGCCACAACGACAUGGCCGACCUCGAGGCCAAGCUGCAGUCGAUCCCCGUCGACACGCCCAAGAUCAUCGCCUUUGAGAGCGUCUACUCGAUGUGCGGCACCGUCGGCCCGAUUGAAGAGACCAUCGAGCUGGCCGAAAAGUACGGCGCCAUCACCUUCCUCGACGAGGUGCACGCCGUCGGCAUGUACGGCCCGCGCGGCGCCGGCGUCGCCGAGCACCUCGACUGGGCCGCCCAGUCGGCCAAGGGCAUGGCGCCCGGCCUGCUCGAGGGCACCCUCAUGGACCGCAUCGACAUCAUCACGGGCACGCUGGGCAAGGCCUACGGCAACGUCGGCGGCUACAUUGCCGGCUCCAACCGCUUCGUCGACAUGAUCCGUUCGUUUGCGCCCCAGUUCAUCUUCAGCACCACGCUGCCGCCGGCCGUGCUGACGGGCGCCGACACGGCCAUCCGGGUGCUCAUGGAGAGCAACGCGUCGCGCCAGCUGCAGCAGAUCCGCACGCGCGAGACCAAGCACAAGCUGCUGGCGGCGGGCAUCCCGCUGCAGCACAACCCGUCGCACAUUGUGCCCGUGCUCGUCGGCGACGCCGAAAAGGCCAAGGCUGCCUCGGACAUGCUGCUCGAGGUGCACGGGUGCUACGUGCAGCCCAUCAACUUCCCCACGGUGGCGCGCGGCCUCGAGCGGCUGCGCAUCACGCCGACGCCCGGCCACUCGUCGGCCGACGUCGACCACCUCGUCGCGGCGCUCCAGGACGUGUGGAAGACGCUGGGCCUGCGCACCGUCGACGACCUGCGCGCCGCCCAGCCGGGCACCGACGCCCUUGCCGACCUGUUUGUCAAGAGCGAGGUCGAAGAGGCCAGCGCGCCCCUCUGGACCGACUCGCUGCUCGGCAUCAAGGAAAAGGUUGGCGCCAUCGGCUUUGAGGGAAUCAAGGCCGAAAAGGUGCUCGAGGACGCCGCGGCUUCCGCCGCCGCCGCCGCGUCGGCUGCCGCGGCUGCCCCGGUCGCCUAG